AGAGGGGGCCCCGCCCACUAAACGCUUCUUAAUUUUGUUUCCCCUUGCUCACCUGCGUGACUCCUGUCUGCGUCGCCGCCUCUGGCAACUCAAACGCCGAAAGGAAGUAAACGAGCGAGGAAAGCCGUUUGCGAGUGUCCUCAUGACUGAUGACCUCAUCAGGUCUUUAGCCUGUUGUUGGCGUGAUGUUCAAGAAUGCUGCAAGUAGCGCGUUCGAGAUGGGCGUCCCGGUGGACGCGUCCAUCAUCCGGAUUCCGCCUCACCACUACAUCCACGUGCUGGACCAGAACACCAAUAUCGCCCGGGUGGAGAUUGGACCGCAGACCUAUUACCGCCAGGACAAUGAAAGGGUUCUGUUCGCGCCCGUCCGGAUGAUCAUGGUGCCCCCGCGCCACUACUGUGUGGUGGUGAACCCGGUAGCCUGCGAUGACAACGGCCGUGUUCUGUUUGACGGAUCAGGCCAGGCCAAGCUCAGGCACGCCGACCUGGACAUCCGCCUCACCCGGGAUCCAUUCCCGCUUCACCCCGGGGAGGAGCUCCAGCAGGACGUGACCCCCCUGCAGGUGGUUUACCCAGACACAGCCCUCCGUCUGCAGGCGCUGCUCGACUUUCUGGACGAUGGAGAACAGCGCGUGGCGGGAGACGAGUGGCUCUUCGAGGGGCCCGGCACGUACAUUCCGAGAAAGGAGGUGAUUGUCCUGGAAACCAUCAAGGCUACGGUGAUCGGCGAGAACCAGGCCAUACGACUGCGAGCGCGCAAAGAGGGCAUCGACCGCGGGGGCAAGCACCGCGUUACGGGUGAAGAGUGGCUGGUCAGCAAGGUGGGCGCGUACCUGCCAGGUGCCCACGAGGAGGUUAUCGACAUUGUCAACGCCUUCAUCCUGACAGACAAGAAAGCGCUGCACGUGCGCGCCCUUCGACUUUUCCGCGACGCGGGGGGUCACGAGCGUCGCACAGGCGAAGAGUGGCUGGUGACCAAUGAGGACCGCGAGGCUCACGUGCCGUCGGUGGCGGAGGAAGUGGUGGGCGUGGUCAACGUCACCACACUCAGCACGCGCCAGUAUUGCGUCAUCCUGGACCCGGUCGGGCCCGACGGGAAACCUCAGCUGGGUCAGAAGAGGGUUGUCAAGGGGGAGCGCUCUUUCUUCCUUCAGCCGGGCGAGCGUCUGGAAAAAGGAAUUCAGGAUGUGUUUGUCUUGUCUGAAGAGGAAGGCCUUGUCCUGAGAGCCAUUGAGGCCUUCACUGACACCCAAGAGGACGACAUCUCAGUUGUCUUGCCUCAAAGGCAAAAGCGUAAACAUGCUGCUGAGCGCGAGGAAGCGGACCCCGAGCAGGAAGAGGAAGAGGGCGAGCGCAGCAAGCGUCGGCGUCACAGCGCCGUCCCCCGCCGCCCCGGCGACCGCUGGAUGCUGCGAGGACCCAUCGAGUAUGUGCCCCCCUCCCAGGUGGAGGUGUUGCUCAAGCGCCAGGCCAUCCCGCUGGACGAGCAUGAGGGAAUCUAUGUCAGGGAUAUCAAGAGCGGAAAGGUGCGCGCCGUGAUCGGACAGACGUACAUGCUGACCCAGGAUGAGGAACUCUGGUCCAAGGAGCUCCCCGCCAACGUGGAGGCCCUGCUGGCGUCCCCCAAGGACCCGCUGGCCGACCGCUCCAACCGUAGAAAGACCCUGAGCGAGGAACCGGAGAGCAGACCUCGGGACAAGACCUUGGUGGUCUCCUUCAGGGUCCCACACAACGCCGCCGUUCAGGUCUAUGACUACCGGGCGAAGAGGGCCCGCGUGGUCUUCGGACCCGAGCGUGUCAUGCUGGGGCCUGACGAGCAGUUCACCGUCCUGUCGCUGUCCGGCGACCGGCCCAAACGGAGCAACGUCAUCAAGGCCCUCUGCCUUCUGCUCGGACCCGACUUCUUCACGGACAUCAUCACCAUAGAAACCGCCGACCACGCCAGGCUGCAGCUGCAACUCUCCUACAACUGGCACUUUGAUGUGAAGCCGCCCGUGGAUGCCAAUGAGGCUGCCGCUCUCUUCUCGGUGCCGGACUUUGUGGGCGACGCCUGCAAGGCUAUCGCGUCGCGGGUUCGCGGUGCCGUCGCCUCUGUGCAGUUUGACGACUUCCACAAGAACUCCAACCGCAUCAUCUGCUCGGCCGUGUUUGGCUUCGACGAGAAGCUGGCGGUGCGGCCCAGUCUCCGCUUCCACCAGAACCGACUGGUCAUCAGCAGCGUGGAUAUCCAGUCUGUGGAGCCCGUUGACCAGCGCACGCGCGACGCUCUGCAGAAAAGCGUCCAACUGGCCAUCGAGAUCACCACCAACUCCCAGGAGGCCGCCGCCAGGCAUGAAGCCGAACGUCUGGAGCAGGAAGCUCGCGGGAAGCUGGAGCGGCAGAAGAUCACCGACCAGGCGGAGGCCGAGCGAGCCAGGAAGGAGCUCCUGGAGCUGGAGGCCCUCAGUGCCGCCGUGGAGAGCACCGGCGCAGCCAAAGCUGAAGCCCAGUCCCGAGCCGAGGCGGCUCGCAUCCAGGGCGAGGCGGCCGUCCACGAGGCCAAACUGAAGGUCGAGGCUCAGCGCAUCGAGGCGGAGGCGGAGCUGGAUCGGCUGGCCAAGGCUCGUGAGCAGGAGCUGAUCUACAGGAAGAAGAUGGAUCAACUCGAGGUGGACAAGCAGGAACAGCUCGCCAACAUCGAGAGCGAACGCUUCCGCCAGCUCGUCAGCAGUCUGGGCAGCGAUACGCUCGCCGAGAUGGCGCGUGCCGGACCUGAGCUGCAGGUGAAAAUGCUGCAGGCCCUCGGCCUCAAGUCCACCCUCAUCACGGACGGCUCCUCCCCCAUCAACCUCUUCACCACCGCCAACGGCCUGCUGGGGGCGCUGCCAACGCCUUCCCAGUGACUCCGCGGGGGAAAAGCAAGGAGCACGUUUCUUUGAAAGCGACCAGAGCAAAAUCAAAUAUUCACUCAUCAAAACUUGCGCAAAUCCAUCAAAAUAGAGGAGAAUAUCACAUACGCACUAUAAGCACCUUUCUCCCUGUGUGAAGAUAAUAAAUCAUAUGCAAAAAUGCGUGUCUGUGCGACCAA